UGGACCAGGGUUUUGGUUAUCGAGGCGUCGAGAAAAAAAAUCAACUUUGAUCCCAUGCUCUUAUCCGUGCCUUGACUUUUUGGCCCCAUCUUCACUCACCAAGUUGCUCCCAUUCACCAGUUGUCCACCACCACCAAGAAGUUUUGAUAGUUCCGUUUCGCCAGCAAUUUCACGUUACACACACAAACCGCAAAAAUGGGCAAGAGUUCGAGAGCCAGCACUAUCAAACAAAACAACCGGAAACUCAAGGCCAAUGUCUUCGGGCCCGUCGAGGCGGCUCGUGCUGAGCGUCUACAUGCCAAGUUGGCAGAGCUCAUUGCGCAGCCCAAGCCUGUGAAGGAGGUCGAGAUGAACGACGAGCCCGUGGAUGAGGAGGCCAAGGAGGUUGAGGCUGAGAAGGAGGAGGCUGCCAUGGAGGUUGAUGAGAAGCCAGCGGCGCCAUACAAGGAGAAGGAGCGCAAGCGGAGAGGCAAAAAGUCCAACAUUGUCUUCCGCAAGAAGGGCCCCAAGACCAACAGCAAGAAGAAAUGA